AUGUCGAAUGCACAUAGCAGCAAGCCAAAUGCACAUAACAGCAUGCCAAAUGCACAUAACAGCAUGCCAAAUGCACAUAACAGCAUGCCAAAUGCACAUAGCAGCAUGUCGAAUGCACAUAGCAGCAAGCCAAAUGCACAUAACAGCAAGCCAAAUGCACAUAACAGCAUGCCAAAUGCACAUAACAGCAUGCCAAAUGCACAUAGCAGCAUGUCAAAUGCACAUAGCAGCAUGUCGAAUGCACAUGACAUUGUGAUUCCCACUGUGUAUCAAGCAGAAUGUUACGAAAGGUGUGGUGAAGGUUGUGAGAACAGGUGUAAUGAUUUAUUCAGUAUUUCCCGAGAGCGUCAAGCAAGUACUUUUCCAGAUAUUUGGAAACAUGCAGCAAUUGUACCGGUGCCAAAGGUGAAAGGAACCAUCGCCUGCAAUGAUCUACGCCCUAUAUUUCUCACCCCGCUAUUAGCAAGAAUCUUUGAGAUGUUUUUUAUCAAUUGGAUUAUAGAGGACAUAGAGACUAAACUUGAUAGCAAGCAAUUCGGGAGUCGGAAAGGAGCGUCUACCACUCACUACCCUGUUAGUUUAAUUGAUUCAAUAUUGAAGGACACUGAUGGCAAACAGUGUUAUGUUAACUUGUGCGCAGUGGACUUUGCCAAAGCUUUUGAUCGGGUAGAUCAUUCAAUUGUUGUUAAUAAAUUAAUUGAAAUUGGAGUGAGAUCAUCCAUCAUACCCAUCAUCUGCAGCUUCCUAACCAAUAGAGUUAUUAAUACCAAAUUCG